ACAAACCUGUGCCACACGCACCGGCCUCUCAACACGCACAGCAGUCAAUCGAGAAUAAAUAGCUUGAGAAGAGUCGAACACCGACCAUUUCAAACUUGUCUCCAAGCUCCAACCAUCACAGUUAUGCCCCUGGGGGCUUCAUAAUCCAUCAUUGCACCUUAUCCCCGCAUAUGAUAAAUAUUCUAGUCUUUGGAGAAACCAUUCCAUACAACAACAACAAAAAAAAAAAAAAAAUGGCUGAGUGCAAGGACUCAUUAAAGUUUCACAUAGCUAUGUUUCCAUGGUUUGCCUUUGGCCACAUGACUCCAUACCUCCAUCUAGCUAACCAACUUGCUGAAAGAGGCCACAACAUCUCAUUCUUAUUGCCAAAAAAGGCUCAACUUCAGCUGCAAACUUCCAAUCUUCAUCCUCAUCUCAUCACCUUCCAUGCCGUGGCCGUCCCACACGUCCAGGGACUUCCUCCUGGCACUGAGACCGCUUCAGAAAUACCCAUUUUAUUAAAUGGUCUUCUAGCAACCGCCAUGGACCUAACGCGUGACCAAGUAGAAGCAUUGCUGCGUGUUUUGAAACCGGAUUUUGUUUUCUAUGACUUUGCUUACUGGAUACCGGCAAUAGCAUCCGAGAUUGGCUCCAAAACCAUACACCACUCUGUUGUUUCUCCAUCAUGUAUGUCAUUACUCACGGCAUGUAAAGUUCCCAUGGACGAGGCAAAUGAUGAUCAGUACUUGUUACAGCCACCACCAGGAUACCCCUCUUCCACAGUCUUGUUAAACAGACACGAAGCUCGUACAUUCUUGUCAUAUGUAUCGGUAGAGUUUGGCAUUGGGUUAAAAUUUUAUGAGAGACUCACAACUGCAAGGAAAGAGUGCAAUGCAAUAUCUAUCAGGACAUGUCAAGAACUAGAAGGACCCUUCUGUGACUACAUAGGAAGCCAGUUCGGAAAGCCAGUGUUGCUGACAGGACCAGUCUUAUUGCCAGCUGAACCAGCAGCAAAAACACGAUUGGAAACUGAUGGGUGGGGCAAGUGGCUCGAUGGGUUCGAGCCAGGAUCAGUGGUGUUCUGCGCAUUUGGAAGCCAAUGUGUCCUUGAAAACGACCAAUUUCAGGAAAUUAUUUUGGGGUUUGAGUUAACAGGACUGCCAUUUUUGGUAGCUGCAAAACCGCCCUCCGGUUUGACAUCAGUGGAAGAAGCAUUUCCGGAGGGGUUUGAAGAGAGGGUUAAAGGGAGAGGAGUGGUUUAUGGAGGGUGGGUAGACCAACCAGCAAUAUUGGGUCACCCAUCAGUUGGGUGUUUUGUGAGUCAUUGUGGUUUUGGAUCAAUGUGGGAGGCUUUGUUGAGUGAUAAUCAGAUAGUGCUUGUACCACAUUCGCCUGACCAGAUCUUGAAUGCUAGGUUAAUGGCCCAAGAACUGAAGGUUGCAGUGGAAGUAGAGAGGGAUGAAAAUGGAUUGUUUCCAAGAGAGAAGUUGUGCAAGGCCAUCAAGUGCGUGAUGGACAAAGAGAGUGAAGAGGGUGGUAUGGUUAAGAAAAACCACCAAAAGUGGAAGGAGACCCUAACAAGGCAAGGAUUCAUGAGUGGUUAUAUAGAUAAGUUUGUACAGAAUCUGCAACAGCUUUAGCUCAAUUUCACAUCAAACAUGAUCAACUGAUGAGGAUAUAACUCGGACACUCAUUCAUGUUUUGAUCCUCUAUCAGUCUAUUAUAAUUAAGCUUUAUGCAACUAUAUAUAUAUAUAUAUAUAUAUAUAUAUAUAUAUAUAUUCAUGUUACACUCUGUGCCUGAUCCUUUAGAUGUGAUCUACUUUGCGUUUAAUUAGGUAAGUUUUCUACGGUUGGCCAGUUCAGUCUACAAUAUUGUUGGUACUCGUGUUCCCGCGCAGUUGUUGUAUUCUUGAUUAUGAUGUAAAAUUCUAGUUUUGUCUA